CAGGGGGGCUCCUGCCUCCGAAGCUGGAGGUUCUGGAGGACAUGAUGGAGGUCAACUCAGCCUCACCUGUCCAGAGGCCCAGAUUGAAGGAAAGGCCCAUGGCCCGGGGCCCCACGGGGUGCCAGGAGGGGGUUCCCGUUCAGGAGGCUGGUGCAGAGUGUCCGGGGUGUGGCCCAGUGGAGGCUGAAGAGGAGGAGCCUGGGGAGCAGGCGCGGGGAGAGGACUCAGCUCAGCUUCAGCCCCAACAGGAGAAGCUACCCCUGGAUAUUGGGGUACGGGGCACUGUGGUCCGUGCCAUGCGGGAGGCGCUGUGGAGUCGCCUUCAGGAGCGCCCAGACCUGGCGCUGAGUGAGGAGGCCGUGGAGGGCAUCGCUGCCGGCAUCGAGGCAGCCCUCUUCGACCUGACACAAGCCACCGACGGCCGCUACAAGAACAAGUACCGCAGCCUGCUGUUCAACCUGCGGGACCCCAGGAACCCGGACCUGUUUCUCAAAGUGGUUCACGGAGACGUCAGCCCCCACGGCCUGGUGCGGAUGAGCUCGGUCCAGCUGGCCCCCCAAGAGCUGGCCCGCUGGCGGGACCAGGAGGAAAAGAGGAGCCUGGAGAUCAUUGCGCAGCUGCAGAAGGAGCCGUGCAGCCUCCCGGCCUCCAAACUGACCCACAAGGGGGAAGUCGAGAUCCUGCGGGACAUGGACCAGACGCUGACCCUGGAGGAUCUGGUGGAACCCAUGGUGUCCAUAGACUGCGGCCCACUGGCCCUGCCUGCCACGUCGAGGGGCACCACGGAGCAGCACGAGGACACCACAGAGCAGCACAAGCACCACUUCCUAGACCCCAGCUGCCGCAUCUGCAUGGACUGGAAGCCCUUGUAUGAGCGGCCAGCCUCCUUCAUAGCCACCAGGAGGAUGGGGGAUGAUGCUUUCCAGAGAGCCCCAAGCCUGGUCCCUAUGUCCUCUCCAGAGAUGCCCCAAACCAAGGAGAAGCCUCCCACGGAGCCCAAGGACAGGGUCCCUCCCUCUAGGCUCCAGAUGCCUGCUGGGUCCACAAAAGCCCUGCCCAGCCAGCCGCCCUGGGAGGGGUCUCUGGACAUGUUCUCCAUUAAGCAGUUCCGGGUCAAGGCCCAGCUGGUCUCGGGGCACAGCUUUUGUCUCAUCCGGGCCCUGCCCCAGGUGAUCCGCUCUGCAGGCUGCAUCCCCCCCAGUGCUGUCUGGGACUUUCUGGCCAGCAUCUGCCCAGCCGAGGCCAAGGACAUCUGCGUGGUCAGACUGUGCCCACAUGGCUCUCGGGACACCCAAAAUUGCCACCUGCUUUAUUCCUACCUCAACAACAAGCAGUGCCACGGCCUGGCAGCUGUGGAACAGGUGGGGGUGGUCCUGCUGCCCCUGCCUGCCUUCCAGCCCCUGCCCUCCAGGCUGCGCCCUCUUGGAGGCCCAGGCCUGGAAGCCACUCACGCAAGCCUGUUGCUGGCUGUGCUGCUCCCCAAGGCAGGGCUUCUGGCCACAGCAGAGUUCAGCCCCUUGUGGGGGAAGGUUCGCAAAAUGCUCUCCUUCACCAGAAAAGCAGAGAUGAGAUGCCACCAGCCAGAGGCCACAGGGCCAGACGUGGCCCUGAAGGGAUCCCCUCCCCCGGUGGGUGCCCUGCAGCAGGGCCAGGGCAAAGGCAGCCUGGCUCCAAGGGGAAUCUGUGCUUGGCAGAGGCCUGCCAGAGGCAGGGGGAGACUGUGGGGAGAGCCUGAGACCUGGCAGGGUCCUGGGCGAGGGCAACGGCGUCCAAACCCAGGCUGGCACCAGUCCUGGCAUCCCUAUUCAGCUUCACCAGCUGGCCAUGACCAGCACCUCCACAGGGCUUCCUGUCCCCGCCAAGCCCUGCUUCAGCAUCUCAAAUCCCUGGUGGCCAUGAGCCAGCAGUUCCAAGCCUCACUGAGGUCCCUAGGCCAGGAGCAACUUCCCCGACCUCCUGCCCAGCCUCCUGCAGCCGCUGGGAUUCUUGGCCUCCUCUGCCAGUCCCCUGCAGCUCCAGAGCCCCCUGGUCCAUCCCUUGACUCCUCUUUGGGGUCUACAGAUGGAGUCGGCUCUGAGUGUCCCCUUCCUGAAGAGACCUGACCCUCAUUACCCACCAAAAGAGGGGCUUUAAUUCCCUAACCAGUGCUGAACCCUGAGGUGCUCCGGAAGGAGCAACAGGGGCAGAGGAAGGGGAUGGUUAGCUGUUUGAAUUUCCUGUUCUGCAGUUUGC